CUCAAGUGCCGGCGCUGCAAGACUGCCUGCCUCUGACGCGGACGAGUUGGAAGCUGAGCUUGCGCUCUUUCGUGGUGGAAUUCACGGCAAUGACUCAUCCGGUGGAGGUGGAGGUGAGAGUCGCCUUUUCUCGCCAGGCGCAGGAGGAACCAGGGCUCCUGGUGCAUGCAUACCUCCAGGAGACCCCAGGACCGUUCACCAGCGUCCUCUCCCAGGAGACGGUGGUGCGACGUCUUGCUUCGUGACGGGCGCGGCCGCGGCCGGUCACAUGAACAAAUUGUUAGCGGGUGGUGCGGGCACUAGGGAGAUGACAAUGGGAAGCGGCAAGCGGAGGCGGAGUGUAGAAGUGCGCUCGAACGCCGCAGCGAGCAAUGUGAGCACGACGAAAAGCCCUCUGUUGCGAGAACUAGAUGCGAUGAUCUUGAGUAGCGACCGCGAAAAUUCCUGGAGGCAAUCGGCACCACCGCAGGUGUCUCCUUUCCAGAUGUUGGGCAGUGCCAAGGGGAACAUUCACGAGCUCGACACCGGAAGUGUGGCUGGCAGUCUGAGCAUGGGCUGCUCCGCAGCGCAGCUGCAAGCACAGUUAGAUGCGCAGAACGCCGCGCAGCAGCCAGAAGCCUUCGUGCGCGCUUUACGAGAGAAACUAGGACUCGAAACCGUCUUCGCGAAAUCGUCGAACACCUAUACCACCUCUCUGAGCAACCUGCGCAAGUGCUGGGACACACGCAAGGCCCUACAGGAAUUUCUAGCCAGUGAGCGCGCCCGUGGUGUCGGAGCUGGCCAUUCUUCGGAUUUGAGUGCGCAUGCGAACGCAGAGUGCGCACUCCAAUUUGCGCAAGCAGGAGCAUCUACUACAACUGGCGCCGAACUUUCCUCUGCGGCCGCACCAGGCGCUAGCAGUAGUUCGACUUCCGCUGGAGCGCCAGAGAGCAGACUCCUGCUUGAGGAGCACGGAGGCGGCGGUGCUUCUACCGCAUUCGGAGGUGCUGGUGAAGCUUCCUUCGCAGCUCGUCCUCCGCAGAUUGGGAAGGUAAUCGUGGGUGACACGGUGAACCUGGACGCCACACCAGAGGAGCGACGGGCAUUUUUGGCCAAGCUUCGCGCGGAGCUGGGUGCUUCCGAUGCAGUAGAACGAGGAGCUGGCGCGGCCGCGAGUGCGAGUCCGUCUUCGUCUACCUCCUUGUCGACAGCAGCAAGGUUAAAACGGGAGGACCCAGAGGACAGCGAGAGCGGCUCUUCCGAGGAAGACGACGAUGACGAGAGCGAUGAAGACGGAACCGGAGGCAACCGUGAGAACUACGACACAAGCGAAAAUGAGACACCAAGAGGGACCAGUACGACCUUACAUCCUGUUCCUGAAAGCGGAGAGCCAACAUCCGGAGGUGGAGACGCCGCUGCCGGAUCUUCCUCGACAGGCGCACAGCAUCCUCUGGCCGCCAGCGUCGGAGCUUUGACCACGAUGCAACGGGACCAUAACUUGAUGCGUAUCGACCUUCAACAGCAGCAGCAACAACAACUAGCAAAGUGGCGUCGCAUCCAGAUUCACCAGGUGCCCUUUCUAGUGCGGCUCGUGGGAGCUGGGACCCUGGACGGCAUCGAAGGCAUCGCACUCUGUGCCGGAUUUUUCUCGAAGCACCGGUACCUAACCGAUGCGAUGGCAGAUAUGGAGUUGGCGCAACGGUUGGCGCAAGUUGACGGUGCGGCCCGCAACUUCGCGUUGCUGAUCCUCCGAAGCGGUCGGUUUUCAGGUGCCAUUUUCUCCGCGGUCGAUGGCCGCUUGCUGCUGCACAAAAACUUCCGUCGGUACACAGUGCGGGCCAAGCAGGGUGGCGGACAGAGCGCCAAGGACAAUACCGGAAAGAGCAUCAAAUCUGCGGGAUCGCAGCUGCGUCGCUACGGGGAACAGCAGCUAGAAAACAGCAUGAGAACGCUUUUUCAGUCGUGGCGCGGCGACUUGCGGUUGUGCGGUGGCGAUAUUUUUUUGUCUGGAGGUCACGACCAAAUAUCGACCUUAGUCAAGUGUCUGCAGCCCGUGGUCGGCAGCACAAGUGAUGGCAGCGCUCCACUCGAAUACAAGAAGCUCCCGAUCAUGGUGAACAAGCCAGCACUGGCCGAAAUUGAGGCCUUAGCACUCCAGUUGAGGACGGUCCAUAUUUUCAGGCAAGGUGACUUAUGGAAACUCCUGCAAGGCUCGGGAGGCGCUAGUGGUAGUCCUGCGAAUCUUCAGCAGGGUGCGGGAGCAGGUGGGGUAAACUUGUCAUCAGGAGCGCUGGGUGGAAGCAAAGCGAGAGAUGGAGGAGACAACAACAAUGCGGGUUCAUCGAAGAGAAAAAAAGUGAACGUGGAAGAGGCCAAACCAGCACCAGCACCAGAGUAUCACUCCGACGAUGACCGGGAAUUCUCAGCAUUGCAUCGUGCUGCUCGAGAUGGCAAUGCGGUUGAAGUCGAACGAUUGCUUACUGCGUACUGUGAGAAACAGAAAGCGAAUCCACCAGGGCAGAGGAGAAAGAGUCUACUUGAUGAACCUACUAGUGGGGAUGCAGAUGUACCUACUUCAGAAGCGAUCGGAGCAAAUGCCUUCUCCAUGAGCCCAGCUGGUGAGGAUUCCACUGUUUUCGCGCCUGAUGCUAGAACCGCUAAAGAUCGACGCGAAGCAAAGCUGGAAAAAGAGGAACUCACUAGUUCAGCAGAAGCUGCAAAUGGAAAGAUGCUAGGCCGCGGGCAACAGGCUGGUACCAGCGCCGUGUCGCAGCAGUUGCAAACAGGAAGAACCCAUCAGCAACAACUUUCAGCAGGAGCGCCGUGUCCUGGUGGAGUCGAUCAAGAGCACGAUAAACAAGACGAAAUGCAGCGCAAUCACGUCGCCAAUAUUGAUGAAGAUGGGGACGUAAUUUCGCCAGAUCGCUUCCAAGAAGACUCGGCUCCCUCUCCGUCCUUCAAACGAGGCAGCCAAGGGUUGUCCGGCCCACACCAGAACGUCGUCCCCAAUCGCUCUUGGGACCUAGAAUCGAAUUGGUCAGCUAAUGCAGCAGCAGGCGGGUCGGACACUACGGAGAUCCGACAGGAGUAUCGCCACAAUUACACCAUAAGCACUGGAGGUGCAGGAGGAUUGCUUAGUUCGACUCCGAAUCAAAACAACCGUAUUGGAGGUGGCACCAGUAGUUAUCUUCAGGCCUCGCCUAUGGCUGGGUUGCCUGGAGGUCGUAGUGGAGGGCUCUUUGGACAUCUUGGCGCUUCAGGCAGUAGCGGACGUCGAUUCUCGAAUUUUUCGAGCGGUGGAGGGAGACAACAUGGCAUGCUUGGUGCGUUCGGGAUUGGUUUGCGAACGGAGCUGCCGCCUCUCGAGGAAGCUGGUAUACUUAUAACUACCUACAUUUUUGGUGAACAAAUUUUUUAGUUUUAGACACGAGGAGAAGGACACGAAAAGGACACUCAUAAGCUUCGUUGGUUGGAUGAGGCGGUUACACUAGUAUUCUUUUCAUCUCAGAAUCCUGUCCAAAUCAAAAAUCUUCCAGGUCCCGUUCGUCACCAGCACGAUUUGAUUGCGUCGCUGAACGAGGAGAACAAUGCGAUUCCAGUCGUAACCGAGGGCAAUCAGCUCGUUGCAAUGAAAAAGACUGUAGAGCGAAUUCGGCAGAAAUGCAGCAUCCUUGGACGCGACGAUAAUAUGGAUUCCGCGUCCGGAUUUGAUGUGGCGCAGGACAUUGACGAAGUAGUGGGAGAAGACAUCUUAGAGGCCUCGGAUUUGAACCAGCAGCAUGCGUCGAAUCAGGAUGAUGAGCAAAAUGGCCUUGCAGAGGCAACAGCAGCGGUGGAAGCUAUGAGAACAGCGGUUUCGGACGAUGAGCAGGUGGAAGAAGACUUGAUAAAUGUUGAAGAUAAUGCGCCGAGCCUACGCGGCGCUGUGGGCCAUUCGCCAGUCGAUGAGGAACUGGUGUCGCCAACGUCAAAACAAGGAACAGCGUCGAGCGCAGGAGGCGCAAAGAGGACUCAAAGCGAUCACGAGUCUGACGGACCUAUGUUGAGACCUCCCUCAACAUUUGGUGGAGCAGCUGGUGCGCGAGCUGCUGGGUUUGAUCUCAACAACGUUACAGAUCCCAACGACAGCCACAGUCAGCAUCUUGCUCCUGCAACAUCUUCUUCGAGACCUAGAGCUGGCGCAGGCGCAAGUAAAGCCGGAGAGGCACAACCAAGCCAGCGACUUUUUUCGUCUGCCUCAGGCCAUCAAGGUCCGACCGACGAGGAGCAAGAUCUCGUCGCAGCAAGGGACGGGAAAGGCCGUGUGCCGUACUAUCUUGCAGCAAAUCAGAAGGUUCGCGAAGCCUUUCGUAGGGUCCGAGGCAAAUUUCCAGAUGCUUUUGAUUGGGACGCGGGACAGGUAAUAUGAUUUUGAACUGUGAUCGAUGUUGACGCUGUCUCAUGAUAGUGAAAUAAUUAAAUCAUCGCUUCAUUUGCGUUUCCUAUGUAGUUCCAGUAUUCGAAAGGAUGGGAGAUUCCACUUCCGAAGGGUCCUUCUGUUUUCUUUGAUAUUCCAUGUUGUCCUACUAGGUUCCACCGGGUAUUACUGACGACAGCGAGGCUGCCAAGAAGGCAAAAGAGAAGGAGAAACGGCAGCGACAGAAAGCGAAAGCCAAGGAGAAUAAGGGUAAAAAGAAGGAGGAGGAGCUAAAAAAGCAGGAGGAAGCAGCGAAGAAAGCAAAAGAGGAAGCGGAACUGCUAAAGGGUCCUCCCUGUGCUAAUUGUAGCACGAAUUGUGGCACGAAUCGCUCAAAAUGGUUCCGGAGAUUAGAAUAUAUCUACUGCUCAAGCGAUUGCGUCAAAGCACAUCAGCGGAAGCUUGCUGCAGAUGCAGCGGCCAAGCGAUUCGCUAAAUAACUUGGACUGUAUUUUAUAUGCACUCAGGACGCACAACCGCAUGAGUACGUCGUACGCUAAAUAAGCCGUCGUCGUAUAAUGCGUUUUUUUUCCUGAGGUUUACGAAGUCCAAUUACAGUAUGCUGAUAUGAUUGCUGACCAGGCAUAGUGGCGACUUGCUGCCCCUGCCCUUCAGUAAGCUUGUGACCUGUACUCGGUGGUUUCCCCGUUGAAGGGAGAAGGGAGACGCCUAUGUCCUGUAAACUUUUAUAUAGUGCCUGCUUCCACCACCUGCUCCACGGGACUCGUUUUUCAGAGAUGAGCUUUGGAGCCAUACACCAUUAUAAUAUGAGGUUUCCUACACCUUCCGCUCACGUUUCUACGUAUGUAUUCUUAGCGGCCGGUCAAAAUCAAUAUUUAUCGGAGGCGGCGCGGCGCAGCUGCUCGUGUUUUCUAGCGCUAGUUUUUGAAUUCAUUGCGGAUACCGACAUAAUCAAAGACGGCAUUCGAUCCCAUAGGUCACUGAUGCGAUAGCGAGGUAUCGUCGGAACUUAUCGUUGUGAUCACUAUUUCGUGCAACAUUUAGUGGGAUUAACAAGACUUUGACUUUCUCAUCCAAUUUGAUGCAAAACCAGAGGCAUGAAGAUGAGCGGAGACGCGGAGUGAUGGAAUUUUCUUUUCUCGAUGACAGCAGUAACAUCUUAUCAGUACAACUAAAACCACAGGCACAGAGACUCGAUUCUUGAUCCAAGGAGUACAAGAAUCACGUGAUCGAGGCGCCCAACCGUCGAAAGAAAACCAUUCAUGAUGAUCCAACAGAGACUUCAUGUCGAUGCCCCAUGAUCAUAGGAACCUUAUAUAUUCUAUGUGCAUCGUUUUCAUGAAUAACAUAGAUAGGAGCCCAACCACCUCGUCACACCAUGAAAAAAAUCCAAUUCCAGUAGCAGUAGUUGGACUGAGAUGUCUCCACAAACCGAUUUCGAUCACUGAUGAAGUAGUGGACGACGGAUCAUCUCCCGAAAUUUUC